AUGAUUUUCCCCCACAAGAACCCAAUCUCUCCCUCCAAAUCUCAAAAAAUCCCCCAGAUCUCAACGAUGCCCAAGACUCGCCUUGACGACUUUGUCAACGUCUUGAAACACGCCUCAAAAUGCUCGAAUCCCGAGUGUCGCGAAAGCUGCAAGCGAAUGAAGUUGGUAAUUCAGCACUUCUCAAGCUGCCAGCACUGCCAAGUCUGCAAGAAAUUCUUCUCCGCCGUCUUUUAUCAUUCCAGUAGCUGUGUGAAAGAGGACUGCAGAGUAAGUUGAAUCAUGAAGGAGAUCAAAGUAUUGUUUUAGACCAGAUUUUGCGGUCAGACAAAGCAGAGGAUUCAGCAGGCAUUGACUGGGCAUUGA